AUGAGGGGUGAUGACGGCUUGGAGAUAUCGGACAGUACAAAUAAGGCUGAGCACUUUUCUCAAUUUCUCCGAUCCGUUUUCACAAGAGAAGCAGACUUUAUUCCAUCUACUUCUGAGAACAUGAGAGAUCCCACUAUCGAAAAUAUUGUCUUUCGAGAAGAAGCGAUUUUGGAAGAACUGAAAAGCUUGAAGGAAUGUAAAUCUCCCGGUCCGGACAAGAUCCCAGCAAAGCUGCUCUUUGAGCUCGCCCAAGAGCUGGCCAAGCCACAAUCCUUUCUGUGCCAGAAAUCGUUUGAUGCUGGAAUUCUUCCCACAGACUGGAAGACGGCCCACAUUACAACCCUUUACAAAAGCGGUAGUCGUGCUCUGGCGAUAAACUACAGACCCGUCAUUCUAACAUCAAUCUGCUGCAAAGUGAUGGAGGAAACCAUCAAAAAGGAUUUUAUGGCUUACUUGGAAACCCACAACCUCUUGUCCAAUACAAAUUAUGGUUUCCGUAGGGGAAGAUCAUGUGUUACGAACUUGCUAUACACAAUGCGAAGUUGGACACGAGCACUGGACGCAAAACACACAGUGCAUGUUGCCUAUAUUGAUUUCCAGAAGGCGUUUGACAGUGUUCCGCACCAGCGUCUCCUACACAAGUUGAUAAUUAUGGACAUCGGUGGCAAACUUCUCAAAUGGAUCGAAAAUUUCCUUGUCGGCCGUUCCCAAAUUGUCAGCGUAGGACAACAGCAAUCAAGGUGCACAUCCAUAGAGAGUGGGGUCCCACAAGGCUCGGUGCUCGGACCAACUCUCUUUCUCUUGUUCAUCAAUGACUGUGUAGAUGGGUUGGACUGUGAUUGCGCCAUGUUUGCGGACGACAUAAAAAUCUGGAAAGUCAUCCAGAAUGCUGCCGAUGAGACAAACUUCCAAGAAAAUCUUUGUCGAUUGGACGAGUGGUCCCGCAGAUGGCUCUUGUCCUUCGAUUUGAACAAAUGUACAAUUCUGCGCCUCGGAAAUCAGACCCCUAGUACGCGGCAAUACCAUCUGAACGGAAUACCACUUCGAGAUGCAGAAACGCAGAAAGAUCUCGGAGUCUGGGUUGAAGACAGCCUAAAGCCUUCUACACAAUGCUGUAAGGCGGCCAAGGCCGCAACCUCAAUGCUAUAUGCCAUCAAGCGGGCAUUCGCAGUUUCCGAUGAAGACUGUUUCUCCAAAGUCUUCGGCAUGUUUGUAAGGCCGCAUCUCGAAUAUGCAAUCCAGGCCUGGAGACCAUGGACGCAUCAGGAUUACAAUCUUCUCGAAAGGAUGCAGAGGCGAGCAACAAAGCGAAUAAGACGUCAAGGUGCAAUUCCAUAG